AUGGUGGAAGCAGCUGCUGGAGAAAGAACCUUGCAGGAAACACCCACAUGGGCUGUGGCAGUGGUCUGCUCAGUGUUCAUAAUUGUCUCUAUAUUAAUGGAACAUGGAAUCCAUUCACUUGGACAGUGGUUUCAGAAACGACACAAGAAGGCCAUGAAUGAAGCCUUGGAGAAAAUCAAAGCGGAGUUAAUGUUGUUAGGAUUCAUAUCCCUAUUACUUACAUUUGGUACAAAAUAUAUUGCAAAGAUUUGCAUCAAUGUGGCAGCUGGUGACACCAUGCUUCCAUGCAAGAAGGUGGAAAAGUCAAAUAACUCAAAUGAAGGGAGGAAGCUACUUUCUUUUGACGAAAAUAUGGUAUGGCGUCGAGUUUUGGCAACUGCAUCUGGCGAAGACUAUUGCUCACAAAAAGGUAAAGUGUCUUUGAUCUCUCAGUCGGGGGUGCACCAAUUGCAUAUAUUUAUAUUCGUCCUCGCUGUUUUUCACAUUUUCUACAGCGUUAUGACUAUGGUUCUAGCCCGAGCAAAAAUGAAGAAAUGGAAGGCUUGGGAAGCAGAAACAUCCUCCUUGGAGUAUGAAUUUACAAAUGAUCCUGCAAGGUUCAGGUUUGCACAUCAAACUUCAUUCGUUAGGCGUCACUCUGGCUGGUCUAGGAUGCCAGGAAUUCGAUGGAUAGUGGCAUUCUUCAGGCAAUUCUUUGCGUCUGUCACAAAGGUGGAUUACAUGACUAUGCGGCAUGGAUUUAUUAACGCACAUUUUGCUCCCAAUAGCAAAUUCGACUUUCAAAAAUAUAUAAAAAGAUCUAUGGAGGACGAUUUUAAAGUGGUCGUGGGUAUAAGUAUCCCGUUGUGGGCUUUUGCCAUCAUCUUUCUACUUAUGAACGUUUACAGAUGGUACACACUCACCUGGCUGUCGUUAGCGCCACUAGUGAUACUUUUAUUAGUGGGCACAAAGCUCGAACUUAUAAUUAUGGAAAUGGCCCAAGAAAUCCAAGAUCGAUCUACAAUUGUAAGAGGAGUCCCUAUUGUAGAGCCGAACAACAAGUAUUUUUGGUUCAAUAGACCCCAGUGGAUUCUCUUCUUAGUCCAUUUUACCUUAUUCCAGAAUGCUUUCCAAAUAGCCUAUUUCUUGUGGACGUGGUAUGAGUUUAAGAUCACAUCUUGCUUCCAUGAGCACUUGCCCCUAAUAAUUACAAGGGUCAUUCUUGGGGUAGCCUUACAAGUCGUGUGCAGUUACAUUACGUUUCCUCUCUAUGCGCUAGUAACACAGAUGGGAUCUCACAUGAAGAAAGCAAUAUUUGAGGAGCAAACAGCAAAGGCACUUAAGAAAUGGCAAAAGGCUGCAAGGGAUAGGAGAAAGUUAAGGCAAGGAGGGGGAGAUGUUAGUGGGGAAACAACACCAAGCCAAGGCACAUCACCUAUGCAUUUGCUUCAAAAGUAUAACCCCAGCCACAAAGAUACAGAUAGCGUUAUCUAUUCUCCAAAAUCAUACCAAUCUGAUACUGACUUGUCAGAGACUGAAGGAUCCACACAUCACCAGCUAAAUGAAAUAGCACACACGCCUCUUCCUCCACCCAAUGGACCAACUCAUAAUAUUGAUUUUUCCUUUGUCAACCCUUAA